AUGAAGUUGACGUACGGAGCGACGGUCUUUUCGGCCGCCGCGCUGGUCCAUGGACACGGGUACUUGACCAUCCCGUCCAGCCGAACACGUCUUGGCUCAGAGGCCGGCCUUGAUUCCUGCCCGGAGUGCACCAUUCUUGAGCCGGUGUCGGCGUGGCCCGAUCUGAACGUGGCGCCGGUUGGCCGGAGCGGCGUUUGCGGCUACAACGCCCGCGUGAGCAUUGACUAUAACCAGCCGAGUGCCAGCUGGGGCAACUCGGUGGUUGCGACCUACUCCCCUGGCCAGGUCGUCGAUGUGCAAUGGUGUGUCGACCACAACGGCGACCACGGUGGCAUGUUCACGUACCGAAUUUGCCAGAACCAGACUCUGGUCGACAAGUUCACGACGCCGGGCUACCUUCCCACCGACGCAGAAAAGCAAGCCGCCGAGGACUGUUUCGAGGCUGGGACGCUCCCGUGCACCGACGUGUCGGGGCAGAGCUGUGGAUACAAUCCAGACUGCCAGCAGGGUCAGGCGUGCUGGCGGAAUGACUGGUUCACGUGCAACGCCUUCCAGGCGGACAGCAGGCGCGCUUGCGAGGGCGUUGACAACGCCCCCCUGGGAUCCUGCUUCACGACCAUCGCGGGCGGAUACACGGUAACCAAGAAGAUCAAGAUCCCCAACUACUUGUCGUCUCACACGCUGCUGUCGUUCAAGUGGAACUCGUUCCAGACCGGCCAGAUCUACCUCUCGUGCGCCGACAUUGCCAUCACCGGCGGAUCCACUACCCCGAGCAGCGCGACCACCUUGGCAACGAGCACGCGCGCGUCGACCUCGACCUCGACCGCGUCGAGCGCCACCGCCUCUUGUGUCGCCGCCAGCUCCGUGGCAGUGACCUUCAACGAAAAGGUGGCUACGGUCUUUGGCGACACCAUCAAGGUUGUCGGCUCGAUUCCCGCGCUCGGCAACUGGAGCCCGUCGUCCGCCAUUGCUCUGUCCUCCUCCCAGUACACGAGCUCCAACCCGCUCUGGAGCACCGCCAUCACCCUGCCCGCCGGCACGACCUUCCAGUACAAAUUCAUCAAGGUCUCAAGCGGCGGUGCUGUCACGUGGGAGAGCGAUCCCAACCGCUCGUACACGGUCCCGAGCACCUGCGGCACAACCGCGUUGAGCGAGACAUCUUGGAGAUAA